AGGUAAAGCCAAAGGAAAGGCCCUCUUUUUUCUGGCGAUCUGUCUGACUGUGGUGGUGGCAGCGGCGGGCAUGGCGGGGAUAUCGGUCAUAGUGGUUGUCGUCGUCGCUUUCCUCCACAUCCUCGCCUUUGUCCUCGCCAUCGGCGCCGAGAUGCGCCGGAGUACCGGCAAGGUGGUGCCGGACGAGUACGACGAGCGGACGUUCUGCGCGUACGACUCGGACGCGUCCACGGCUUACGGCCUGUCCGCGUUCGGCCUCCUGUUGCUGAGCCAGGCGGUGGUGAGCGCCGCUACCCGAUGCCUCUGCUUCGGUCGGGGCCUCUCCGCCGGUGGCCCAAGGACCUGUGCCAUCGCUUCGUUCGUGGUCUCCUGGAUGGUGACGGACGAUGGCGUUGCUGGCGUCGGUGGUGGCGGUCCCCUCCCCCUCCACCCCCCUCUCGUCCCCGACGUCGAGCAGUCGAGCAAUCGCCACCCUCUGCCUCCUCGACCACUUCCUCGUUGCUACCCCUCUGCCUCCCCCCUCGUCCUCCCCUUCUUCUCCACCCUUGCCCUUGGCGUCGUGCACGUUCGCCACCUUUCCUGCUACCAUCCUGUUCAUAGCUUCGGCCUGAGAAGAUGAAGAAGGUGUCAUCUCUCUCGGAGCUCAGCUUCGCCGAUAAAAAGUCACCUACCCUCCUCUCCAACUUCUUCAUCGACAUGAGCCACCACUUUGUUGUCGACCUCAGCACUCCUCGUGUCCUGCUAAAGUUCUCCACCAACCACCGCUUCGAUGAGUUCUUCGCCUACUUGGACAUCUUAAGCGUUGACUUCCAGAUGAUCAAUGAGCAAGAACUUGAAACACGAGGAGUUGAGGUUGGUCCCCGACCUGAUCACCCUGUUCGGCGAAAGCCUCGACAACUUCCAAACGAUAUACAUCAACACCAUCGGAUUUGACACCACUAGCAACAGCUUCCCCGACGAGUACCUCGCCAGCAGCGACACAAUCUCCUUGAAUAGCACCAAAUUGUGCUACAGCAGGUUCAGUUGCGUCUCCCUCAGAUCUACUGAGUGCCGACCGUGUUGAUGUAGAUGUCCAAGUUUUGCCGUCACCGUGUAGUCCAGAGAUGCUAGGAUCCAUGUGCGUUGGAGAAAGGUCGUGGUGUGUUGUAGGUCCAGCAUCUCCCCCUGCAGCUUGUCGGGUUUGGCAUCCACCAGCACCAGCUCAUUUGCCAGGA